UUCUCUCCGAGAGGAAGAAGGACGCGUUCCGCAGAGAAAAGAGCCGGAGACGAAGUUUGUGCAGGAUGCAGGAGGUUCCAGCUACUGACCUCCCUGCCUCCGCCCUGCAGUACCAGUGUGGACCCCUGGACUACCCGUGUUCUCCACAGCUGGUUAAGAAAGGUCCGACCCCCAGACCAUGGCACGACCGGCCCGCCAUCAAACCCCGGCCCCAGCCCUCCUCCUCACCCAGACCGCAGACCGCUCAGAAACCUCAAGUGCCCCCUAAACCAGCGCACCUGCUCGCCCUCGGGCAAGACAAGAAACCUAAGAGGAUCCCCCCGGCGCCCUCCAGGCCUUUGCCAGCACCCCCUCCUCCACCGAAGCCAAAGCCGAAUCUGCCCCCUCCUGUCCCGGGAGCACAGCCGCAGAGGGAGGCCCAGAAGGUGGGGCUGCUCAUCGAGAGGUUCGAGAAUUCAAGGGUCCCAAUCCUGGGGGUGCUCCCACGCUCCCAGCUGCACCUGUGCCUGAGAAUGGACACUGCGAACGACAUCAACUCCUCCUGCGGCCAGGACCCGGCGGCGGCGAAGGCUGCACGAGACGCCUCCGCUGUGGACAAACUUGCACUUGGCAACUCCGACCUGUCUGAACUCUCCUGCCUGGCCUCCAUGCACAUCCACGGCUCGGAUGAGGCCGCGCUGGACGAGUGUGCGGAGGUCGAGAUCACGCACGGCAUCGGUUGCCUUGACGACGUGGGCUCCUCCCACGAGCUCCUGGACAAUCCGGACUCCUCGGAGCAGAACGGGAAGAUUCCCAAUCGGGACAGCGGCAUCGACAGCCCGUCGUGCGCCGCGGACGGAGAGGUGUUCCCCAACGAGGACGCCAUCGACGAGGAGGAUCAUUACGACAGCGUCACGGAGACGGAGAGCGUGUCCUGCUGCGUUACCGUGGGCAACAAGCGCGACUCAACGCAGGAUGAGGACAGUGACUUGGACGAGGGCAGCAGUGGGGACAUGCACCCUCUGACAGACACACAAACUGGGUACACAGCAGACACAACGUCGACAGAGGCGUACAAAUGCUCAGAGGCUCAGAGACUCCUGAACAUCGCCAAGGAGCUUCUCCACACCGAAGAGGCCUACGUCAAGAGACUCAACCUCCUCGACCAGGUAUUUUGCACUAAGCUCACAGAGGCUGGAAUCCCUCAGGAUGUCAUUACAGGGAUCUUCUCCAACAUCUCCUCCAUCUACUGCUUCCACGACAAGUUCCUGCUGCCCGAGCUCAAGACGCGGAUCACAGGAGAGUGGGACUCGAACCCUCGUAUUGGAGACAUCCUCCAGAAGCUGGCUCCGUUUAUGAAGAUGUAUGGAGAGUAUGUGAAGAACUUCGACCGGGCGAUGGACCUGGUUAACACCUGGACGCAGCGCUCUUCACAGUUCAAGAGUGUUGUCCAGAACAUACAGAAACAGGAUGUGUGUGGGAACCUGACGCUGCAGCACCACAUGCUGGAACCAGUCCAAAGGAUUCCUCGCUACGAGCUGCUGCUCAAAGACUACCUGAAGAAACUGCCCGACGACGCCCUCGACCGGAAAGACGCAGAGAAGGCGGUGGAGCUGAUCUCUACAGCAGCCAACCACUCCAAUGCAGCAAUCAGGAAAAUGGAGAAGAUGAACAAGCUCCUGGAGGUUUACGAGCGGCUCGGGGGGGAGGAGGACAUCGUUAACCCCGCCAACGAGCUCAUCAAAGAAGGACAUAUCAAGAAGAUGUCGGCCAAAAACGGAACGGCACAAGACCGAUACCUCUACUUGUUCAACAACAUGGUGCUGUACUGCGUGCCUAAACUCCGAUUGAUGGGACAGAAGUUCAGUGUCAGAGAGAGGAUUGACAUCGCCGGCAUGGAGGUUCAGGAGAAUAUGAAGCAGAACCUUCCUCACACCUUCGCCAUCAUCGGCAAGCAGCGCUCACUGGAGCUGCAAGCCAGGACAGCUGAAGAGAAGGAAGAUUGGAUUCAGGUGAUCCUGGCCACGAUCGAGAGGCACAAGCAGAACAGCGAGACGUUCAACAAAGCUUUCAACAGCUCCUUCUCUCGAGAGGACGACCACCUCCCUGACUCACCGGGUCCCUGGUGCAACCAAUCCAUGGACUCGGACAGUGAACGACUGCACGAGAGGAAGAGUUCCAGGAAAAAGGACAAAGAGAAGCAAACAUGUAAAGGCUGCAACGAGAGCUUCAAUUUCACCAAGCGCAAACACCACUGCAAGUCCUGCGGAGCGGCCAUCUGUGCAAAGUGCUCAAAGACCCUGGACAACAAAACGAGCCGAGUGUGCCCGGAGUGUUUCGAAGCCAGCCUCAGUCUGGAGAAUCUCGGCGCCAGUGAACAGAAGAGGAAAGCAGCGCCUGAGAGACAGUCAUCUCUAACGGGGGAGAACUGUUUAAUGAGCGGCCACCUCCAAGUGCAGGAGAAAGGGAAGAGCUGGAACAAGAUGUGGGUGGCUGUUACCAAGGCUGAGCCACUGGUGCUGUACUUGCAGAGCAGUGGGCAGGAUUCUAAAGGAGCACGGGCAGUGCCUCUCCCCGGGUUCGAGGUGAGCGCGUCGCCGCCAUCGGCAGCAGAGAAGUCCGAGGGGAAACACGCGGUCCGGCUCACUCACGCGCAGCAGACUUUGCUCCUAAGUGCCCAAGAUGCAGAAGUUCAGGCCAAGUGGAUCGACGUCCUCUCCAGAGCUGCACGCGGAGAAUCGCCCACGGAUUCGUCGAGCAGCGUGACGGAACACAGGAAGAGCCAGUAGUGGCCCAAAGGAGCCAAAGGACUCGUGCCCACUCCUUCCCUCCUCCCUCCCUCUCCUGUGUAUAGAGCACACAUUACUUGAAUUCACUUUACCU